AUGCUGACCCAGGAUUUGGAGCCUGUCGACGAGGACAGUCUGUAUGACCAUGUGUAUGAGCUGAUUGUUAGCAGGGCAGGAUCGAGCCAGAGUGAGCUUGGACUGGGGUAUGUGAGCAGAACAGACCUUGUCGAGAUUUCCGUGGGAGAUCAGGAGCUGGAGAUAAAACAAUCACUGUCUAUGUUGAACUCGAGUCAAGAGAGUUCUACAACUGGUGCUGUUAUUUGGAAGGUGUCGCCGCUGUUUGCUGAUUGGUUAUUAACUGAAACGUCUUUGUUUAAUAAGACAAUUGUCAAUAGUUCACAGACAGUGGUAGAGUUGGGCACUGGUGUAGCUGGUAUCGUCGCUGCUACUUUGGGCCAGAAAGUUGGUCGCUAUAUAGCCACUGAUCAGGAGCAUAUUCUAAAAUUAUUGAGUUACAAUAUUGAGAAUAAUACAGCAUCUUCCAAGAUAAGUUCGAAGAAGAGAGUCAAGGCGGCUGCCGUACCAAGUCAGAUCAGUGUUUGUGAAUAUGACUGGGAGCAUUUAGAAACAUUUGGGAACUUCAAGGAUGGAAUCGAGGGUUUAGGAUCUAAUGGCACAAUUAUUGCUUGCGAUACUAUUUAUAAUGAUUAUCUGAUCCCUCAUUUUGUAAACGCUUUACUGACUGUAGCAAAAACAAUGGGUCCUGAACACAACAUUAUAAUUGCUCAGCAAUUGCGCACUCACGAAAUCCUCGAAGCCAGUCUGAGCCAGUUACUUGAAGCCGGAUUUAAUGUCUGGUCCGUCCCUGACGAGCUCUUAUCCAAGAAGCUAAGAAACGGAUUUGCUGUUCAUUACCUCCAGCUGCCGCUGGAAGACAAAUCAUUUUAG